AUGAUGGCACCUGCAGAGUCCAGACAUCCUACAGUUUGGGAGAAUAGAGCGGCGCAGCGGCUGGCAUCAGGGCUGGCAGCGCCGUCUUUCAAAACAAUUAGGCCUUUGACACUCAGCAUUCAGCAGCUGGAGGAUCAACUCUGGCAGAGACAGAGAGGAGGGAAGCCAAGUGACUUAUCACCCCAAUCAAACCGCUUUCCUGGAGAUGAUGGAUCAGGGACCUCAGAUUUUACACAAAAAAUAUACAUAUUUCUGCGUCUUAUGAUUAAUAUGAUCCCAAAUCCCAUUCCUGAUCUGCACAAGAUAUUUCUAAUGACUUCAAGAGUUAUUUAAUGAUUUUUUUAGGCCUGUGUAGGAACAAAAAACAUCUUUUUACAGGUCCAGUCCGAUGAGAAGCACUUUUUUUCUAGCCUGAAGACAUAUCCAGAAAAAUCAUCUCUCAGCCUAACACCCCUGAGAAUGAGGAAGUAAGAAACCCUCUUCAUGUCUCCAUACAGUCCACAUACUGAGAAAACUCAUCUGCUACAAGGAAAUGUGAUUUUGCUCCAGUGGUGUCACAACCUUCAAAAUGAUUUGCAUAGGCAUGCAUGCAAAACCAGAAUUUAGCAUUCUGCUCCCUCCUACGCUUUUAUGUUUUUACUGCAGUGUUGGAGAGUCAAGAUGUCCAGUGUUGGAGACAGACUCUCCAAAUGUUCAGUUACUGGUUUCAAAAACUACCAAAAAUUUUCAUAUUCUGACCCGGGACCUGAGGACCGAAGAAAAGGGGUUACUUUUUAUCAGGGACAGGUACAUCAGGACUUUGCUCCUCAGACUUAAAGCUCACCCUGAUAGUAAGCUUUGCUGAUAUAGUGUGUUUCAUGGAUAUAAGACGAUAAACUUGAAAUGUAUUCUGACUAUGUGGUGACUUCAUCAUUUCUUCAUGGAAAUACAAUCAGACCGAGAUGCUAAGUCAGAAGAACUACAGCAUCUGCAGUGAAAAUGAUUAAUAUGGUGAUUAUUACUUCAAGGAAUUGAUGAAGAAAUGAUCAUAAAUGUUCUUCCUUGAGCUGCGGCACCCCGCUGUAGUCUGUAAUGGACUGGCCUGAGGUCUCACUACAAACAAGCGUCUGCUGGAAGAGAGUAGGUGAGUUGUGUUUAGUCUCUUUGCUAAAGAAAUGAGUCAAAGUUAAAAAGAUGUUUGGUGUCUAGUACUAUGUCUGUGACCCUAUAUGUCCUGUUGAUGGAGUUAGGUGCUGUUCUGAGCAUUAUUUGUGGCUAUAGAGUGGCGUUUUGGUUGAGGGCGUGGCUCUCUGUAUUGCUAUCCUGCGGUCGUUACUAAAGUUGGUAUAACUAGAGAAGAAAGCGGUCGGCAACAUUCAUCUCUGGAGGGGGGGUCUAACUCGGGGUUACGGUGGGUUUGACCCUACAUUAAUCUUAUGCUGGAAUAUCCCUUUAACAGACAUUGAGACAGAGGCUGAAGAUACUGGACAUCCAUGGAGAGCAGCCAAUCACUUCCAUAUCUCUUUAAUUCAAUAGAGCAAAUAUAUUUCUGUAAAUUUGUGAAGUAUUAUUACUCUUGGCUCCUAUUAAUUGGUUCCCUCUUGCAGAGAUUUGAUAUUUCAGAGCAGACACUUCUUACCUCAGAGCAGCAGGUACAGAGAACAAACACUGAAGCUUCUCCAUGCUGACUUUCUCAUCAGUCACCACUAGAUGGCACAAUGUGCAAUCACUUGCACUUGCACUGGAUUACAACCUUUACAAUAACAUAAUGCAUUGAAGCAAAAAGUUUUAUUGUGGAAUUAAACUGACAUUAAAAUAUGAUUAUUUUCAAUUAUGCAAGUAGAAUAAAUAGGCCUCAAACAAAAACACCUUUUUGUUAGCUGUCAUUUAAAAAGUGAAGAAGUGUACUUAGUAGUGUUCAUUUUUAACUGCAGCAGCAUAUUUAUUCAGCUCUGGUUCUAUGUUAGCUCAUCCACAUAUAAAGAAAACACUGCAAACACACUCACACACACUCUCCAGGAAGUCUGCUAAUUUACAUCCUGGAAAGUUUUUGAACUCAUACUGUUUACACAUUGACAGUUUUAAAUUCACUAAAGGUGUGGGGUCAGUUUCUUUGGAGAUUUUUACAUGAACUCUUCUCUGCAGUCAGUAAACUUUGUCACAUGACUUGCAGACAAAUACUUUAAAUAUUUGUCUGCGUUGAAGUCCCAUUUCCAGUCCUGUUCAGUCAUGCACACUGAGGUGAUUCAGUAGCUGACUUUGGCUCACAGACCUGCACAGACAUCCAGCCAGGUUGGCCUGAAGCUAUUGACAUUUACACUUAAAUCUUCUUACAUCUGAUGGGCCGAAUUCUUUAUACUCUUUGUUCAGGUUUAUCAGGGCCCUGUGGUAGUGUUUUUAAGACCUCAUCUACCGUCAGCCUUUGCGAGGGAAGAAAAAGCCCUCAUACACCGGAUUGGAUGGAAAUAUGAAUCAAGUUGCCACAGGAAACACUGUGAGGGCGAACAACGCGCCUUCAAAAUAAAACAUUAAAGGCAACGCCAAAAACUAAUACAUGCAUAUGCGACCAAUUCACAUAUUUAUUAAUUUUCAAACAUCUUUUUAACUUUGACUCAUUUCUUUAGCAAAGAGACUAAACACAACUCACCUACUCUCUUCCAGCAGACGCUUGUUUGUUGUGAGACCUCAGGCCAGUCCAUUACGGACUACAGCGGGGUGACGCAGCUCAAGGAAGAACAUUUAUGAUCAUUUCCUUGAAGUAAUUAUCAUUUCACAUUUUUUAUUCAUUUUAAGUUAUUUAUUCAUCUAUUUUUUUCGAACAUGUGCAUGCAACACUAGAAAGUAAACUGAAAACAAACAAACAAAACUGGUGAGAAUAUUCAAAGCAACAAUAACAAUAAUCAAAGCAAAAAAGUAAAAGUGAAAAUAAAAAAUACUAAUAAUAAUAAUGCGCACUCAACAUGUCCGACAAGGAGUAGGAUGAAGCAUUAUGCUUUUUUUUAAACCUACCCCUUCUUCUUUACUCAAUACUAGUCAGUCUCCAACAUAUUUACAUUGAUUGUGUAUGAUGUUGAUCUUAUUUAGAUAAAUGUUUAGACAAAUAAGAUCCUUGAAUACUAAAAAUAAAGAGCAGCCUAACUAUUCUGUAAGUUUGCUAACUCUCAGCUGUGACCUCCAAAGAACAGUUUGGCUUUUAAAAAAACUGAUAAUUUGCCUGUACAAAGAAUUUAUUUUGCUUUCUCAACUGGUGGGUCCCAACCCACAGGUGGGUCGUGGACACUUCCUGGGUGGGUCACGUACAGCUGGUCAAAAAAGUAAAUAUUUAAUGUGAUAUUUAUUAUAUAUUUGAUAUUUUCUGUAUACGCAACUUCAGUAGUUGUCGUCCUUAUGUUGUCUCCUCCAUGUGCUCUGAAAUGCACUUUACUCAAUAAAAAACAAGUGGAUUUAUGUCAAAGAUCAGAGUCUUUAAAGGCUUUUUUUAACAAAAAAAAUAAAUAAAUUUGCUUGGUUUGAAUUUUAUAAAAGUGGGUCGCAACUUAAGGACCAUGGGAAAAUGUGGGUCCCAGAGUGAGACCAGUUGAGAACCACUGGUUUAAAUAACGGAACACCACCUCAGAUUAUUAACUGUUGAAUAAUAAAGGUUCAUUUGAUGGUAAAAAGGCUGUAACUAGCCACAAAUAAUCCAUGCCAACCAUUAUGACUCAACAAAUAAUACACUUAACAACUAAUUGAGGUGCAUUUCUGUUCUUUUUCCAUGAGAAUCAAGAAUAUACUUGUGUGUUUGUGUAUUUAACUGUACAUGUAAGGUUAGUAUUAUUAUACAGACUCGUAUUUUCCCAGUGAUUGAGUGGCCUGUGUUAGCUAAACUGAGCUAACCGAUGCUCAGCUAAGCUAACAGCAGCUAACCCGUCAUAAUCAUACAAUUAGUCAGUCCUAGUAAUUUAUUUUGCUUUUUGACCAUAAUCUAUAUUAGAGACAUCACCUCGGAUUAUUAAUUGUUGAAUAAUAAAGGUUUAUUUAAAGGUUCAAGAUGAUAGCUAGCCACAAAUAGUCCAUGCCAACAAUUAUGACUCAUCAAAAAAUACAUGUAACGACUAAUUGAGGUGCAUUUCUGUUAUUUUUCCAUGAGAAUCAAGAAUAUACCUUGAACUUGUUUGUUUAUGUAUUUAACUGUUCAUAUAAGGUUAGAAUUAUUUUACAGGCUCGUAUUUUACCAGUGAUUGAGUGGCUUGUGUUAGCUAAACUGAGCUAACCAAUGCUAAGCUAAGCUAACAGCAGUUAACUUGUCAUAAUUACAUUGAUCACAUCGCAUUGGCGCUGUUUUUGUCACUCUUACCUUAAGGUCCAGUAUCCAUGACUGAUUAACAGCCUUUCAGGUGAAGGAUUUCCAGAAAGCGUUUCAGACGUUGCAGCUCUUAUUUUGAAAGUUGUAAACGGAAGCGGAAGUUUAAGUACCGUGUAACUUUACGGUGGUGCCUGACAGCUGCCACACUGGACUCGGACUGAGCCGAACUGUGUAAGUAAACCCACAAUCCGCCGCUUCUACCGCCUGUUAGCCUCCGUACGGUCCGACUAUGUCGUACACAUUCAAACCUCCGCCGAAAACAAAGACGAUUAAUCGAUUUAAAGUGUCGAAUAGACAGUUGAUAGAGGCGGGAGAGGAAAUCGGUCGAUGUUUUUAGGCCCGUAACAACAGUUUGAUGUCCACAGGGAGGAAUGGAGCUCUGAUGGUUAAAUGGAGACAUUCACAUACAGUCAUGUAAUUCUUGAACUCACUGCUUUGGUACUUUCUCAUAUUUAACUGAAAACCUACGACAUUAAAUCUGUGUAAUUACACGUCGGAAUCAGAGUAAUUAUGUAUUCCACAAAGGCCUAUAAAGUAAUGUGAUCAUAGGGGUGAGCUAAUAGAACGGUACACGAUUAAUUCACCAUGGUGACGAUAAUACCACGAUAACGCGAUUCUUGGAUGGUUGAUCAAAAUCUGUAUUAUUUUCUAAUCUCUAUACCAAUACACUGUGCCAUGAUAGGGUAACUGUUAGGGCUGAGACUAUAUGCUUUUCUCCUGAUUCUAUUCUUCUACGAUUUGUACGAUGCUUAUUCGAUUUAAAUUGUGAUUCUACGAUAUUGACAAUUUUCUCAACAUUCAGUCUGCAUCUUUAACAAACAGUGAAACAGUUGAUUAUGAUUAUGAUUGUCACUGACUAUUCCAGGAACCAUAUUUCCCCAAAAAAUACACAUCACAUGUACGUCAGUUUUUAAGAUUUAAUCUUAAAUUUGAAGAAAAAAAAACGAUUUUUAAACAUAAAAAUUGAUUUAAAAAUUGUAAAACAAAAAGUUGUGAUACUUAUGUGAAUCGAUGUUUUCUCCCACCCCUAAUAAUUGUACUGUAGGUGACGAUAUGAUGUAUUUAUUGUCGUGACUGUUUCAGCCAAGGGAUCAUGUGAUUUUUAAGCAAAGUGGCCAAAUUAUUUGCGCCCACUCUGAUAGUGAGUUAUUAUUUUAAGGGAAUUAUUAAGGGUCUGAGUGUUUGUAGUUUUGGAGUGAAAGAGAAAGUCGGCGUUUAAGAGGGGAACCAGAAGUGCUUUACUUGUUAUUCAUCAACGCCCACCUGUAAAUCUGUCACUGAAGAAGAGCUGUUUUCACUCAUUAACCUGACAACGUGUCUUUGUUCACAUGUAAACUAUUACAUAUUACAUCUAAUGUUUAUGGUGAAGACACUGCACAGCUGUGUUUCUGAGAUCAGAUCCAUCCUUGUUGAAAUCGACUCUAAACUUAAUUUGAUUAUGUUGUCAUAUUUUCUGCUCAGGAGGUGAAGAUCUACUAACCUCUGGAGUCUGCAGGUUCACAUCAGACCCUGAUAAAAUCUGCAUGCGUCCUGUUGUGUGUGGGAGUAAACAGCAAAUGAGGGAAACAGAUGCACGAGUCGCAACAAUGGCGUUUUAAAAUAUGGCGGUCCCGUCCACAUCUCCCUUUUCUCCAUUGUUCUUUUUCAUAUGUCACGUGUAGCGAGUGCACACACAAAACAAACUCUGUGGUCGAGUCUGCGGCAGGUAGACUCUCCAGGUCACUCUCAGGUCACUUCGAACCCGUGCUGAAAAUGAAUUAACUUCUUUUUAUUCUUGUAAAUAUCAUUUAGAUACAGCCUGAAGUGAAGAAAUAUUCAAUAUUUCUGCAAUAACUCGAUGAUAACACCCCUCUAAUAGGAAGUGAGUGGGUGUAGGAAUAUGACGGGUGAGAGAACAGACCUGAACCACAAAAUUAAACAGACUGAGCGCAUUAAAAAAGGUGUAAGACGCAGGCGAGUGUGUUCACAGCAGCUACAGAGACUCAGGCUGUGUGUGUGUGUGUGUGUGUGUGUGUGUGUGUGUGUGUGUGUGUGUGUGUGUGUGUGUGUGUGUGUGUGUCUUCGAUGUAGAUGUGAUGCUCAAAUGUCUGUUUCCUGCUUUUACCGUGUUUAACAUUGAAGUCACUGAAACACACACAGGGACAGCUCACUGGUUUUAGUCUCUAAAUAAUCCAGUCUGUGUGUGUGUGUGUGUGUGUGUGUGUGUGUGUGUGUGUGUGUGUGUGUGUGUGUGUGUGUGUGUGAUCAUGUCAGUGUGUCAUACAUGUGUGAGCUAAUAUACCCAGCAGCACCUGCUCUCUUAAUCCCUGCGUGCUUUAACUGGCGCUGCCCUUGUCCAUGUCUGUCACAGCAGAGUCACACACAUGCACGCUCUCUGCAGACGGCGGCGUUACACCUGGACGGCGUUUCUCUCCCACAUUCGAAAUCUUACAUCUGCAGCGGGUUGUGGUUAAAUACCUGAAACUGAAAGCUGCACGCACGUCAUUGUUGAAGAUUUUGAUUGUGGUGGUUAUAGAGAGAGAAAAACCGUUGAUGAGGAAACAAGCUCUGCUAUCUUCAGACAAUAAUUUAAAAGGUCAAAGUCCUGAAACACUCAGAGUUAAAAGCACUUAUGAGAGCUUUUUAAUAAGAGCUUUUUAAGGUAUUGAAGUUGGUGUUGUUUGCUGAUGACACAAAUAUUUUCUGUUCUGGGGAGGAUUCACCGUAGAAAUGAGUAAACUGAAAGUACAGUUUGACACUUUUUAACUGAAAUAAAACCAAUAAUUAUUAUGAUGAUUAAUAUUAUUAUAUGAUAUCAUGAUAUUUAAACCAUAAGUGUAGGAGAAGGGCUGGGACUAGAUAAGUCCCGACUUUUUCCCACUCCUUUUUGAACAUGAAUGACUUUUUGGCAUUUGUUGUUGUAUUCUUUACUUUUUUAUUAAUAUUAUUGUUAUCAUAUGUUUUAAAUAAACUUCAGUCAGUGUAAACGGUAAAUAAGACGGUAUGAAAGUGAAUAAAUGCUCUUUGAAUUGUUAAUGAGGUUCCAGUGAGAGUUUAUAGUCCAUAAUAAAUAUUGAUAAUAAACGCCGUCUGUGGUCCUGUCCCGUCUCCUCCUCGCAGCGUUCCUGUGAUGCCCCAGGGCGGGCUGAGCUGGUCGGGGUUGCGAUGCCUUAUGUGGACCGACAGAAUCGCAUCUGCGGCUUCCUGGACAUCGAGGAGAAUGAGAACAGCGGCAGGUUCCUGCGCCGAUACUUCAUCCUGGACACUCAUCAGGGCAGCCUGCUGUGGUUCAUGGACAACCCUCAGGUGAGGAACGGGAGAUACUCUGAUGGGGACGAUCUUCCAGAAGAACCUCCAGCAUGAUGGAGCUCGUGGAGAAGACUGUGGUCCUCAGACGACUCAGAAUACUCCUGAUACAACAAUCAAUCACUUUGAUUUCAUUGGUUUAACUCGGCUCUGACUGUAAACACGUACUGAACAUACCACUCAGACGUCAUGAUGACAGUGUAACUGCACACGCUGCACGGCUGUGAGACAACACUUUUAAAACCAUGUAGAGAUAGUCUUUAAUUUACAGAUGUCUCAAAGACCUGUCUGAUUACAAUAACAAAAUUAAUUUCUCGGUCUGAAUGAAACUCCACAGAGAAGAUUUCUUUAAAGCUUUUAAUAUCUCGUAAAAGAAUAAACUUGACCUGCAGCUCCUUUUGAAAGUUGAGGAAACAUAUUUUUGGCCGACAGUCAGCUGUCGUAAAACUCUGAUUUCCCUCUUCCUGGAAACUUCUGUACAGUUCAGCUUAGUUCACCGUGAAAACAUAACACACAACCUGCAGCGACUUGAACCCUGUCUCUGGAGAAAUUCCAACAGUUUGAGUCUUUUCAGUUUAUUUUUCAGAAAAGUCAAGAAGCGUAGAGAGAUGGUUUUAGAGAUUCCUGCCUGUCACAUGAUUAGACAUGAGCGAGUUCCUCUGAACCAUCAAAACUGGAUUUAAAAGGAGCUCUAACUUUUCAAAGAUGGAUGUCCACUCUGAGUUUUAGUAAUACUUAUGAAAAAGCUCAUUUAAAGGGAGUAUUUUCAGCGGCAGGUUAAUCCUCUCUGAUGUUUCAGUGAAAAGAGGAAGUUGUUGAUCUAUCAGACGGAGCUGCAGAGGUUUGAUGAAACUGUAAAAAGCAGAAUCAGUGGACUCUUGAUGGAUGCAGCUAAAUGGUUUGACAGAUGGUGUGUCACUGAAAGUCAACAAACAGGAACAGGGAUUAGAAGGUUUGUAGGAGCAGUUUUAUCUUUAGUUUUUACUACCGGGAAAUUCCCACAACACUGCAGACUCACACUGAUGCAGGUGUUGGACAGUUUCGUCCACUCCACAGAGUUUUUAAUGAGAUAUUUUAGGAGUUAAAUCUGAUUCUUUUAAAGAUUUAUUCAUAUAUACAGCUUUAAAGCUACAUCCCCUUUUAUUACUCAUCUUAUGUUCCUCUGAAACACCAUGAGGCAGUUUGCUCUUGUUUAGUGUCAGAUUGUAGAGGUGAGCCGUCAGCAUCUCCAUGCUGCUCAGAGCUGCUCUGUGCUCUCUAAUCCUGAAGGAGCUUUAAUCUGUCUAUCCAUGGAGGACGAGCAUAACUCAUAUCAAACGAUAAUAAAUCAGAUUGAUAAUAAAUAUGAAAGCCGGCCCGUUUAAGACCGUAUACCUACACCUGUCUCAGAGAUUUAGGUGACGGGGUUUUGCCUCCUGGACGUGACCUUUGACUGCUAAAUGACACCAGGUCAUCAGACUUGCACAGACACCCAGAAUUCCAGGAUUAGAGUUUGAAAGUAACUGAAAUUAAAAGGAUUGAAAUCUGACAUUUUAAAAAACUACUGUUGACUAAAACAGAACAAGAACAGACGCUCAUGUCGACUCUGUUUCUUUUCCAGAAUCUGCCUAAAGGUGCCGAGAACGUGGGCUCUCUCAAACUCACCUACAUCUCAAAGGUAAGACCUCCAACAUUUCAAACAAACACAGAUCAGACCAUAUGAUAUAUGUGAUACCAUAUAUUAUAUACGACACAAUAUGAUAUAUGGUAUAUGAUACGAUAUGUGAUGUACAAUAUGAUACAUAAUAUUCAUUAUGAUAUAUGAUAUACGACACAGGAUAUGAUUCAAGAUAAGAUAUGGUAUAUGAGAUAUGAUAACAUAUUAUAUACAAUGCGAUACGACAUACAAUACGAUAUAUGGUAUACGAUACAAUAUGUGAUAUACUAACAAUAUAUGAUAUAUGAUACGAAAUGACAUACAAUAGGAUGUAUAGUAUACAUUAUAUGAUAUAAGAUAUGAUAUAUGAGAUAUGUUUGAUAUAUGAUACUUUAUAUGACAUACGAUAUGAUACUAUAUCUCGCCCCCUCAGUAUUUUCCUCACACAGUUGUCAUCUGUAGGUUUUAUCGUCUUCUUCAUUUUUCCCCCUCAUGUUUUUCUCACUGCUUCCUCCUGAUUUGUCAGUUUUUCUGAAAACACAGAAACACGUUUUUUUUAAAGUAAGUGAAAAGUACAAUUUGACGGAUUAACCCUUUAUUUUAUUUCUUACCCUCUUUCAGGUCAGCGAUGCCACCAAACUUAGACCAAAGGCGGAGUUCUGCUUCGGUAGGUUCAUCUCUGUGUUUCCUCUUUUAACUCUUUAAUACACUUUACCCCCUGACAGGAAAUGAACCCCAUCAUCAUCAUCAUCACCAUCAUCAUCAGCUCCGCCCGCUCUCGUGGUUAUUUUUACACGUUUAAAGUGUAAAGAUGAUAAAAACUGUAGGGUCCCCUCCUCUCCUCAGCUCUCUCUCUCUCCAAUCUUCCUCCUUGUUUCCUUCUGUUCUUGUUUCCUCACUUCCUCCCUUCCUCGUCCUCUUCCCCCUCCUUCGUUUCCUCUCCUGUUAGCUUCGUUUCCUCUCUUUUGUCCCUCGCUGCUUGUUGUUGUUCCUCUGGUCGCCAACGGGAGCUUUUGUCACUCAAUGGGAGGAAACUGUACAAUAUCCCCGACCUGACCCGAGUCUGUGUGUGUGUCUGUGUAAGUGUGUGUGUUUGCAUCUGGACUGGAUGUUCACACACACACAUACACACACAGACACACACAUCCUCUGAGUGAGCAGAAGCAAACAGAUCUUUAUUUUUAGACGCUGAUCUGCAUGAAGCUCCGACAGUUUUCUUCUUCCUCUUCGAUCAUCCGGAUGAAUUUCUUAAAAUAAACAAACGUGAAUAUAAUCUCACCAUCAUCUCUCUCUCUCUCUGUCUCUCUCUCUCUCUGUCUCUCUCUCUCUCUCUCUCUGUCUCUCUCUCUCUCUCUCUCUCUCUCUCUCUCUCUCUCUCUCUCUCUCUCUCUCUCUCUCUCUCUCUCCCUCUCUCUCUCUCUCUCAGUCAUUAACGCUGGAAUGAGGAAGUUUUACCUGCAGGCCAAUGACCAGCAGGAUUUGGUGGAAUGGAUCAGUGUUCUCAACAACGCCACCAAGAUUACAGUGAGCCUCUCACACACACACACACACACAUACACACACACACACACACACACACACACACACACACACACACACACACACACUCAUGGAUCAAUAGGUGACCCUGUUUCUGUUGUAGACCACUCUGUGUUUUCGCCUCAGGCUGAAACAGAUGGAAAAUUACCCAUCAGGCCCAUCAGAGAUGAAGUUCAGGACCAACAGAGUUUUUCAUUAUCCUGAUCAUCAACCCAAAGAUCCAGUUAAUCAAUAAGAAGUGAAUUUUUAUAUAUAACUGAUCAAACACAGGGAGGUUCGAUAAUUAUAAAACUGUGCAGUCAAAUUCAGAAAUCUGGACUUUGUGCUUCAACAGAAAUCAUUUUAAAUUCAACAACCUGAUGUCCUCCGCCUGCUUCUUCAUUAUUGGCACAACAAUAAUAAUAACAAUAAUAAUAAUAAUGAUAAUAAUAAUAACAAUAAUAAUAAUAAGAAGAAGAAUUAUAAUAAUAAUAGUAAUAAAUUGUGUUAAUAAUGCGCUUUUACAGGUGCUCGAAGACGCCUUACAAAGAAAAUAAUAAGAUAAAAAUAGAAAAUAUAUAAAAAUAUAUAAUUAAAAAAAUGUAUAAACAAAUAAUAAAAAUGAAAAAAAUGAAUAAUUAAAAAAAUAGAUAAUAAGGUAAAAAUAGAAAAAAUAGAAAUAAAUAAAAAAAUGAAAAUAAAUAAAAAAUUAAAAAUAAAAAUUUCCAGGUUCAGGUCUGUGACCUGCUGCAGUGAAAACAAACGUUCCUCAAACAGGGAGAAGCUGAGCUUUUAUUGGAGCUUUUUUCAGCCGCAGAUUCAUCCACACAGGACGGUCUGGUGAAGGAGAAACAGGAGAAACUCAAACUAACAGGACGCUGACUGAUUCAUAUCGGGUCUGUUUUCAGGUGCCAAAGCCAGGUGAGGGCAACGCCGCCCACGCUGAGACUCCCCAGGAAGUCCUUGGAGCCAUGAAGCAGGUCUCCUACAAGACUGAGAUCAUCGGAGGAGUCCCUAUUAUCACCGCGACACAGGUAACACACACACAAACACACACACACACACACACACACACACACACACACACGCACGCGCGUGGAGUCAUGUGAGCGUGGCGUUAGCAGCUGCUAGCAGAAGCGGCUCAGCAGGUUUGGGCCUGUCUGUCAUGGUAUGCGGCGCCGACACGUGAGCGGACUCGCAUCAACACAGAGUGGAAUUCUGUAGCCUUAAGACUCUUAGAGAAGGUCCAAUCAGAAGAAUCGGAUCAGAACCGAACAGAGAACCUUUAAAACACUGAAACAGAUCCAUUAAGGACGCUCCUGUUUGUGAACGAGUGAACACAUGAAGGUGAAGGGGUGUGUUAUUAACCAUUUAUGUGUGUGUUUGUUUCAGGAGCAGGGGGAGGGGCAGAACGGGGCGGAGCGAGGAGGUCUGAAGAGAGGUCAGAACCAGCUGCCCUUCUAUCUGUCCAGAGGAGUCCAGGAUCAGGGCGUCAUCAAGGCCGGAUACUGUGUCAAACAGGGCGCCGUGGUGAGGGUCCAAACACGCUCAGGGAGUCGGACGAUCAGACCACAGAUUCAGACAUUCGUGCACACAUUCCCACAAACAGAACCAUCUGAGUUCUGGGUCAAAAACAGGAACCGGGUCUCUGCUGUCUCUGUCCUCACGGUCACCUCAGAGCUCGCUGUCGUGGCGGUGAUGGUGGGCGGAGCAGAGACACACACAACAGAUCGUACUUACCGUAUUUUUCACAUGUCAACAUAGUCAACGUAGAACUGUACGAUCGGAGGAAACGACCUUUUCCUUCAGGAUGAAGGUGUAACUCAUGCGUUCAUGUCUGCUGUGUGUUCAUUCUUCAUGUUCAUGUUGUUUUCCUGUUUUAAAGAUGCAGAAGAAUUAACGUUUAAUCUCUCCAUCCUCUUUUUCAGAUGAGGAACUGGAAGAGACGUUACUUCAUGCUGGAAGAAAACGCGCUCAGCUACUACAAAACUGACCUGGUAACACACACACACGCACACACACACACACACACACACACACACACACGCACACACACACUUGUCCCCAAGUUUGAACACACUUUGCUGUAUUUACUGUAGUCAGCUGUGUGUGUGUGUGUGUGUGUGUGUGUGUGUGUGUGUGUGUGUGUGUGUGUGUGUGUGUGUGUGUGUGUGUGUGUGUGUGUGUGUGUACACGCAGCGGCAUGCGUCCUGAAUACCACCUCAUAUAAUCCUCGUGUGGACAGAUUAGCGAGUUCUUACCGCGGCGUGUCUCUGCGCUUAGAGAGACACACCCAGUGUGUGUAUGUGUGUGUGUGUGUGUGUGUGUGUGUGUGUGUGUGUGUGUGUGUGUGUGUGUGCGUUCAUGCAUGCCUCCUUAUUUUCCUGUGUAGGUGUGUGAAGUCAUGCACACAGCAGCAGCUCCUCCUCCUCCUCUGUGAGUCUGUGAGGAGGACAGAGUUGAAUCUGUGAUCAGCUGUUAUUCAGUCACCAAAGUUUCUAAGUUUUUAAAGUUUUUAAAGUUUUUAAAGUUAGUGUUAAACUCCUGAAGACAAACACACAGACUAUAAUGAUUCAUGCAGAUCUCUGAUCUAAAACCUGUUAGUGUCUCUCUGUUUCUCUGCUUCUUUUGUUUUUAUUAAAAAUCAAAAUUAAAUCAUGAAAAGAGAAAAAAACCUGAUGUAUUAAAAACAAGGAUUCAGGGUUUAAAGGUAGAAGAGGAGCUGGUCUGAUGUUCGGUGUCUUCUCCCUGCAGGAGAGGGAGGCUCUGAGGGUCAUCCCGUUAAAGGAGAUCCACACAGUCCAGGAGUGUAAACACAGGUCAGUGAACUUCAGACCUUCAGACCUUCAGACCUUCAGACCUGAGAUGAUCUUUAAUCUUCUCUGUCUGCUCUGUGUCUCUGCAGCGAGCUGAUGAUGAGGGACAACCUGUUUGAAAUGGUCACCAGCUCCAGAACCUUCUACGUACAGGUACCAGAACAUCAACUGGACUUAAACUAAUACUGUCCAUGAAUAAAUCAGAGUCACCUCAUCGUCCUCGUCCUCGUCUGUCUGUCUGUGUGAUAAAGUCUCAGGUUUAUGGACAGUCACUUUUCUGUCAAUGAGGACUAAGCACUGUCCCUCUGUCUUUGUCUCCCUGUCUCUCUGUCUCUCUCUGUCUCUGUCUCUCCUUCCUUCAGGCGGACAGUCCAGAGGACAUGCACAGCUGGAUUAAAGCCAUCUCAGGUGCGAUCGUGGCUCAGCGCGGUCCCGGACGCUCGGCUAACACUGUAGGUAUCCGCUCAGACUUCAGCUCCGACACACUCAGAUUAUCCAGGAGAAAAAAACUAGUUAGUGAUUUAGUGAAUCUUUAAAUUUGAAGAAAUUCAUCAAAUUUAAAUUUAUUUAAAACUAAAAACUUUAAAUCUGGAACAGAGUCGUGAAAGUUUGCUUCUUAAUCGAGUUUUUUUCACUCUAACUGAACGACCUGUUUUCACCUGUAGUUUAGAAAAAGGUUAAAAGCACCAGGACAAUUCAAAAGUGUAAAUACAGGAUAAAACAAUCUGUGGAAACUCAGAUUUUCUGCAAAGAUUUAAAAUUAAAUUUAAAAUCAGAAUCAGUUUUAAGAUGAUCCAGAUUCUCCUCUCCAGCUGUUCUGCAGAGUCCGGUCUAACUUUUCCUUCUGGUCCCAUCAGUCCACGAUGAGGAGCUCCAUGUCGGUCAGAUCUGAUCUGAUGAAGUGGCUCCACCUGCUGUCAGAAAGUGUUACUGCAGCUGUUUGAAAACAGAGUUUAAACCAGUGAACUGUAUAGAUCUGCUGAUCUAGAUCUGCUCUGAGAACUCAUGUUAGUGUGUCUGUGAGAGUUUUAGAUUAACGAACACGUCACCUGUAACUUUAAUGAUGAUCGUCACGAUAAUCACCUUUUAGAAAGUCUACACACACACACACACACACACACACACACACACACACACACACACACACACACACACACAUGUUACUCUUGAAAUAUUCUCUGUCUCUCUCUCUCUCUCUGUCUCUCUCUCUCUCUCUCUCUCUCUCUCUCUCUCUCUCUCUCUCUCUCUCUCUCUCUCUCUGUCUCUCUGUCUCUCUCUCUCUCUCUCUCUCUCUGUCUCUCUCUCUCUCUCUCUCUCUCUGUCUCUGUCUCUCUCUCUCUCUCUCUCUCUCUCUCUCUCUCUCUCUCUCUCUCUCUCUCUCUCUCUCUCUCUCUCUCUCUCUCUCUCUCUCUCUCUCUCUCUCUCUCUCUCUCUCUCUCUCUCUCGUUUUGAAGAGUUUCUCUCCAAAGCCACACGAUCAGCCAAAUGAAAAGGUCAAAGGUUAAUAUCAGAGAUGACUCCUGAUAUUUUUUUAACCACGCCAUCAAACUGUCAGAGUGGGUGGAGUCAGUGGACAGGACAGAGGGUCUCAGAAAACCAUCAAAGGUCCAAUAAUCCGUCAGCAGCAGAAUCUUCUCCGUCUCCGUCUGUGUGGUUAUAGACCUGCUCAGAUGGUCCUGUGGUGUUCUGGACAGAAGCUCUUCUCCUCACUGUCACUCAGUUCUGCUGUAAACUUGUUUUCAGAUCCGUCAGGCCCGAAGGCUCUCCAGUCCUUGUAUACAGAGGUAUACGCCCUUCUGCGGCGGUGAAUGCAGCACGUAUGUGACCCCAUGACCUCUCCCCCAUGACCUAAACCCCCCCGUCAUCCACCCCCACAAACAUCAGCCUCUAACUCAGCCAGCAUUUAACCCGCACACCGCAGAGCGCUCCUCCGGACGCUGUAGUGUUGAUCCAUCAGAGAGCUGCUGCUGCUAACACGACUGACGAACAGACUCACCGCCUGUUUCCAUGGUAACCUCAGUCUUUAAUAACGCCGCGUAGAGUAGAGCACGAGACGGACCGUUUGUGGGUUUCAAAGUUCUUCUUCUUAAACCAGGUGACCUCAGGACUUAAUGUGAGGAGUCUCCACCAUCAUGACUCUGUUUGGUUUACUUUCAUGGAGGUCAGAGCUGGAGCGACAGUCGAAACAAAGAACCAGAACCAGAACCAGAACCAAUGAUGAGUUUGUAGAGAUAUUAGUACGAAUGAAGAAAGUCAAAUCUAGAGUUAGACCUCUAUUUUAGCUCAGACUCACCCCCUCCAGACCGGACCGUACGCUCUACCUCCCCUCCUCCACUCCCAGGUGUUUACAGGUGGAGCGCUUCAUCUGAUAGGCCCGUUUUUUAACCUUUGACCCGAGGGCAGCUGUGCAGCUCAAGGCUUGUGAUGUUUCCAUUUCUGAUUCUGUUUGUUUGCAGCAUCUUCAUCCUCCUCCACUCUGUCUCAUCAUCAUCAUCAUCAUCACCUUCGUUUUGAUCAUCUUUAUUAACAUCUCAGUUUCUGAUUUUUUUUGAUCAUCUGUUAUUUCUGUGUCCGCCCUGGCGCUCCUCCUCCUUAUUUUAAAUGUUUUUAAGUUUAUUGUGUUUAUUUUGUGUCCGUCUCUCAUCACUCGCCUCUCUCGAACAUUUACAGCCUCCCUGAUUCCAGCAGGACUCAGCAGAAACCAAACUCAUCCAGAGCUUCUCCUUUUCUCCUGCUAACCUUCUGUCAUGUUGUCUUUCUGUUUUUUCCCUCCGUGUGUGUGUGUGUGUGUGCGUGUGUGUGUGUGCACGUGUGUGUGCGCCUGCUUUCCAGAGAGUGAGGUGUGACAGUGACGUACUAACCCCCCCCAAAUGAGCCCCGCUGCCUUCUUCCUGCCCCUCCACCUGCUGCUCAUCGUCCAAUCACCAAGCCCCACUGCCUCUCCGCUUCCUUAGCAACAGCUGUUUGACCCCGCCCUGCUCCUUGGCAACCGCAGCAUCACCUGUCGUACGUGUCGCUUGUAACUGCAUGACCACCCUGUAACACCCACAAUGCACUGCACCUCCUCUGGAGGACAGUGUGUGACCUCAUGUCUCACGAAUUAAGCCAGCAGGCCGUUAAAUCACACCUGGAUUAACAGGUGACAGUAAUCCACAAUAAAAAACAAUAAUCCACAAUAAAAAAACAAUAAUAAACAUAGCCAAAGAUUAAAAUCAACAGUCCACAAUAAAAAAAAACACAAAAAAAAUUUAAUCCACAAAAAAAUAAUAAUCUACAAUAAAAACAAUAAUAAAAACCACAAUAAAAAACAAUAAUCCACGAUACAAAAAGUAAUCGAAAACAAAAAACAAUAAUCUACAAUAAAAUAUAAUAAUCCACAAUAAAAAAACAUUAAUCCAGGAUAAAAAACAAAGAAAAACCACACUAAUCAUUGGUAGACAAAAUUAAACCACAAUAAAAAAAAGUAAUCCAGAUUAAAAAAACAAUAAUCCACAAUAAAAAAAAUAAUCCAUGAUAAAAAAAAUAAUUAAAAAAACAAUAAUCCACAUUGAAAAACAAUAAUCCAGAAUAAAAAAAAUAAUCCAUGAUAAAAAAAAUAAUUAAAAAAACAAUAAUCCACAUUAAAAAACAAUAAUCCAGAAUAAAAAAAUCCACAAUGAAAAUUUUUUAUUUUAAGGGGAUUUGGAUUAUUGGGGGAUUUCAGUAGUAAAUGAAAUAAACAUUUCAGCUCCAAAAAAAAUAAAAUUUUCUUGCUGUAAUUUGUUGUUUUAUUAAAGGGUGAAAAGACUCCUAUUAGGGUUAACUCAGAGAAAGUUUAAUGAGAGAAUAAAUGACUUUAACAAAGUUCAUGAAUGAUUUAAAAAGGUGUGUUUAGGUCAGAGUUAGAGUAAAUUCUUAUUUAUUUUGAUUUUUUUUUCCAACACUUCAUCUUUAAACAGCUUUAAAAAAUUAAAAUAAAGACUUUUUCUUGUUAAAAAGGUCGGAGUAAAUAUCUCUCUGUAACCUGCAGCUUAAUUUGAAGCUCUUGUCUCCUCUCCUCCCUCGGCUCCUCGUCCCCUUACACUCUAAAAUCCUUUACUCACUCACUCACUCACUCACUCACUCACUCAUCCAUCCUCCUCGUCUCUCUCUCACGUUGUCUCUCGUCCUCCUCUCUCUCUGCAGGAGCGCGCUGACUGCCCCUCUCCCUCCCCAACCUCUGCCUCUGUCUUCUACUACUCCCUCGAUGAGGACCCACCGCUCGCCCAGUCCUCCUCCUCCGGCGCCUCCUCAGCGGGCCCUGAGCCUCAGUUUGGACCCGCACCACCAGGAGAACUUCCUGGGCCUGCUGCCCUGGAGGCUGAGCGGCGUCCAGUCGGUGAUGGUGCCCCUCCCUACGGCUCGGUCCCGCCUUUCUCUGCAGGAGACGGUGCAAACUACAAAGUAA